AUGCGUACACACUGGAGAAUCAAGCCUUACAGUUGUCCAGAGUGCCACCGGAACUUUGUCCGCCAAGAUGCCCUGACGAGACAUUUGCGCCUGGAUUUCGGCCAUAAUCGGUGUAGUGGAUACCCCGGUCCCUUGCCUGGAAACGCAGAACAAGGCGAGAAGGACGGCGAUGACGACGAAGAGGACAUGCUAGAGGAGGACGAGGACUUUCCCGACUUAGAUGCAGAGGAUCAGAACGCAGGGAACGAGACUAAACCGACAUCAAAGAGCUCAACUAGUUCUGCUACAGCCGCUGGAGCCAAGGUAGAUCCAUCACCUGCUCUCCCAUCGCCAAAAUCUCCAACCACCGUCAGCAACAAGGCCAAAGCGGCCUCAACGACCGGAGUAUCUGAGCAGGAAAGGGAGCGUCCUCUUACCAUCAGUACCGCUGCCGCUAACGCAGGUCAUGUCUCUACUGCUACAGCCUCGAGUGCUUCAGCUAUCAAAGAGGCACACCCCACACCUCGAGCCUCGGACUCAACAUCAAAGUUUGACAAGGAGGACCAGGAGCGUAGCCCACAUGCAAGACACUCUUCAAGCGCCACUCCUAUGAGCUUCGUCCACCUUGCCGACCGCCCAGUCGCAGCAUCUGAAGGCGGCAAGGAGGUCUCGGGACAGUCUCACGCACGAUCAUACUCGCAUUCGGCUUAUAACUAUGGCCCUUCAUCUCCACUGACGAUCCAGACCGGCAACAUGCCCAUGCGACCUACGAAGCAUCUGGAGAGGAGAGCAACGGCACCCGUAGUUCGCGAGGGUGAAUCGUGGAUGGGGCAUGCACAGGGACAAGGAUAUACUCAAGAACCCGUUUCAUCGCCCGUGGAUGAGUACCCCCGAGGUAGCCCAGGAUACGGAGGCGGCUACCGUCAUGAAAUAGAUCGUCCUCGCUCAGCAACUCACUUGCCUGCAGACUACCCAACCUCGCCCAAGGAUAUCCGCCGCUCACCUGGCCCUCAGUCAGCACAGGCAGAAUGGCACACCCGAUCUGGUCCGCCCUCUGCACACUGGGGAUGGAGCAACCCACCACCUUCUUCGCAAGACGCUCGUCUCCGCCAUCCAACGUGGUCCUCUUCUUUACCACCCCACCCACAGGAUCCAUCACCAAUGCAGCCUCCUCAUUCUCCGGUCGAGUCUUGGUCAAGAGGCCAUCCUCCACCAUCUCCGCAUGACGACCCCAGAAAGAGCUCGAUCCGGUCCAUGUCUCGCUACGGAAGCUCACCUUACCCCAUCCUUGAACACGGCAGCGGCGGUGCUGAGCGCCAUCAUCGAGGAUCCAGUGGCCCGAUGUCACCAGCGGGUCCUAUGCGGUCGAGUGACCCUUACCGAAGGAGCACGGCGACGGCCGAGAUGGAUCGAGUUGGUUCUUGGAACGAACAACGAUCACGGUCGUUCCAUGGCGCGGAGGGAAUGCAGGAUCCUCGCUCUCGAUAUGAAUCUGCAGGGUCCAAUAUGCCCCCGGCUUCGUCGACUAUGUCGACGGGUCGUUCCCCUGUCGCGGUCGAGGCGGCUGCGUCGUCGUCACUUGUGUCUGAGCGGAGUCACAGUGUGAGUGGUAUGGUUGGAGUCGACAGGAUGUACCCCGCGCCUUCCGUCGGCGGAGGAUCGUUCCACGAGCGGGAACACCCUUCAGGAUCGAUCCCACCCCCUAUCAAGACCUCAGGAGACCCUAAUGGACGAGAUUACAGACCCACAAGAUCGCAAAGCAUGAUGGACUACGAUGCGGCAGCCAUGAGACGCACUCGGUACGCGAGUGAUCCCAAGAUGGUACUUCGGGAAGAGAGACGGUCAGUGUCUCCUCCUGGCCACCGGUUGCCGAUCAUCGACACCAGUCGAUCGUAUGAGGGCAGUGGUCCUCGGUACCCUUACUCUGCUGGUGCCGAGCGACCUCCUGGACUCGCGAUGGAAGGAGGUAGCUACUCUUCCCGCGAGGAGGUAGACGAGAUGCAGGCGCGUCGUCGGGACGAGGGUGGUGUUGGGUAUUAUGACGAGCAUGGUUCUCGGUCUGCCACCUUCCAGCGAGCUCAUCAUGGGUAUUAA